GGAAAAGAGGGAGCGCCCUCUCUCUCUCUCUCUCUCUCUCUCGCCCCGACCGUCCCUCGUCCCAUUGCGUAUCCCAACCCCUCUCCCUCCUUCCUCUCUCUCGCGCCGUGAUUCCAAGAAUUCUAGGGUUUGGGUUUGGGAGAUGGGGCAGCAGACGCUGAUCUACAGCUUCGUGGCCCGGGGGACGGUGAUCCUGGCGGAGUACACGGAAUUCACCGGCAACUUCACCAGCAUCGCCUCCCAAUGCCUCCAGAAGCUCCCCUCCAGCAACAACAAGUUCACCUACAACUGCGACAGCCACACCUUCAACUACCUCGUCGAGGACGGAUUCACAUACUGUGUGGUUGCGGUUGAGUCAGCUGGCAGGCAAAUUCCCAUUGCCUUUUUGGAGAGGGUUAAGGAAGACUUUAAGAAAAGAUAUGGUGGGGGAAAAGCUGCAACUGCUUCAGCUAACAGCCUCAACCGUGAAUUUGGGCCUAAAUUAAAAGAGCACAUGCAGUAUUGUGUGGAUCAUCCUGAGGAGAUCAGCAAGCUGUCCAAAGUGAAAGCUCAGGUUUCAGAAGUUAAAGGAGUUAUGAUGGAAAACAUUGAGAAGGUUCUAGAACGUGGGGAAAAAAUUGAACUCCUUGUUGACAAGACAGAGAAUCUUCGCUCACAGGCUCAAGAUUUCAGGCAACAAGACAAAGAUGAGGAGGAAGAUGUGGUUGCAGAAUAUGAAGAUAAAACUUAUUGUCUUGGGCAUUAUCAUUGCACUAAUCCUCAUCAUAAUAUUGUCAGUUUGUCAUGGCUUCAAAUGCACAUGAGACCAUACACACCUCCAUUCCCCUUCUGACGGAGAGUAUAGUAUCUUAUACUACCAUUCCUGUGUGCGUUGGUGCUUUUGUGAUAGACUAGCGUUGUGUUCUCGCAUAUGAACCCUAUCCUAUGUCAUAGUUUGUCUGGAAUUGAGAUGGGAAUGCUUAUGUAUUUCAGAUGUUGUGCAUGUAUAGACCAUAUGACAGUAGUAUUUCUUAUGAUAGAAGUACAGGAGGGUCUUGUUCUAUUUGGUUUGGUCAU